UUCCAUCUCUGGGUGUCCGGGUUUUCGCAGAAUUGGCGUGAGCUUUCAGUCCCGGAUUGUCUGUUGCUGGGUUCUGUAGCCCAGCUACACUAUACGUAGCGUCGCGAUAUGAAAACGGUGACUGGUCUCUGCUUGCUCCUUACACUAUUAUAAUGCUCUUCUGAAGUGGGAAUAAUAAUAAUAACGGAGAUAGUGCGUUUACUAUUGUACUCCUUGAAAACAGUUUUGUGUUAUUUUCCGAAUUCUAAAAAAAUUUCGUGUUCCUCGCCCGGAGAAAAGUGAUUUGAAUAGUGCAGAGAAAAUCAAAAGAAAAUUACGUGAAAAGCUUUUUGUUUUUCAUCCUAGUGAAUUGUGCUGGUGGAAAUAGUGGCAAUCAGUGCUCUUCCUUCAACUGACUAUAAAGGGAUUAAUUUGUGUGAAUUCAAAUUCAAAUAUUUACAGUACUCCCUUCCCAACGCCCGAAGCGGUUGGCGUUACAUUUCGGAGUUUUUAAUAUCCCUGUCAGAGAAUCCUGCUGCAGAAGAAAAAUGCCUGAUUUGAAGUCGUUCCGAGACAUGGUGUUUGGUGGCGGUCAUCAUCUAUAAAGACUAAUACAGUCGGUAAUUCUAAAAAGUGUAUCUAUGUGAUAAUCAAGAGUCCUCAGUUACCUGCAAACGAAGACGUACAUUUGAUCCAUUGAUAAAUUAAAAGUUUUUUUUCGUGACACUUCAAAGAUGUUUUAUCAAUAUUUAUUUGAAAUGAAUUUCGUACUGUAAUGUAAUGGUAUGUAAGAGCGCAAGGAUCCUGUCUGGUUGAAUUCACCUUCGUUCUUAUAUUUACGUGUUUUUUUUUUGCACUUGCAGAACGAACAUGAAAAUGCUUUUUCACAGAAAUAUGAUCAACGGAAGGACCCUAUUUAUGUAAAUUUAUGGAAAGUGUCACGAUUUUCAAGCUUGCAUUGGAGCAAAGCGCAUACUUAUAGAGAAGACAGUAAAAAGGAACCGUGAAACGUGUUCCAGAUUUCAGAGUUAAUCAUCGCCAGUGCAGUAUCUUUUCAAAAAGGUACAUAGUUGGUUGUCGUGUGUUCAUGUAUUUCAACUGCAGUGGUUUGAGAUAAUAUGCAUGUGUAUCCAAAAAGGACGUGAUGAGUGCUGUCAGUGAGGAGUAUGCUUUCGUCGCUGUUUGAGAGAAGGAAAUCCAAAUAUUUAGAGAAAUCAAGUCAUACUGGAUUUGAAUGACUACUGACGAUCAUCCCCUAAAAAAUAAGCAAGCGUGGCGGGUAAAAUCCAGCAUAGUUGUCGCCAUAGUAGGGGUGGCGGCGGUGGCGGCAUUGGUGGUGGCAUACUAAAAGAAGAUAACGAUAUUGGGCCACCGCCUAGCUACAAUUCUGGCAUACCACCCCCGAUUAAAUUGAAAUGCACGCGAAUGUGCAUUCGGAUCGUGCAGGCAGCGGUGGCGGAAGUGGACCGUGGCGUUUACCACCAGAUGAAACGCUUCAAGUCGCCGAUCCGAAAUCGAAAACGGACGAAUUCUAUAUUAGUGAAGGACAUAACUGGCGUAGUAUAAUAUUUUCAUUGUUAGUUAUUGGAUUUGUUGUAGCCGGUAUUGUUACAGCCAUCUAUUUAUUGGGAUACGUUGACGAGUUGCUGUAUUGGUCAGGUCGUCGCAUGAUACUUGACGAAUAUUUGCAAGGUGAUUUGACACCGCAACGCCUUCAACCAACUUGGGUGACGAAAACCAAGUAUGUUUUUCAAUCAGACGAUGGUGGCCUCGCCGUUUUAGAUACUGCCACAGAUUCGGUUACAACACUUGUUACUAAUCACACAUUGCGACAAUUAAAUGUUAAAAGUUAUCAGUGUACAGUUGAUCUACGAUAUGUUCUCUUUAGGCAUAAUGUUAAAAAGGUUUUCCGUAAAUCUUUUACGGCAUUUUAUACAGUUUAUGACGUAACAAAUGAUCAUCAUAUGCCCGUACGGUUAAAGGACUCGCCCAAGGUACAAAGAACUCGCCUUCAAUGUGCGGCUUGGCUGGGAAAUACAUCCGCACUCGUUAUUGUAGCAGAUAACGACAUUUACUUGAGACAAUCGCCAGCAGAUGAAGAGGAUAUCCGCGUAACGAGCACAGGAUAUCAAAAUGUUAUCUAUAAUGGUGUGCCGGAUUGGUUGUAUCAAGAGGAAAUAUUCGCCGAACCGGAAGCGAUAUGGUCCUCCCCGGACGGUAGUCAUUUGAUGUAUGCAUCUUUUAACGAUAGCGAUGUUGGAAUGAUGACAUAUCCUUGGUUGGCUUCUGGAGCAAUUAUAGCAGCAGGUGGAGUGGGAACAGGCAGUUCGUUUCCCGAGACCCGAAACGUUAGGUACCCAACCCCCGGAACUGUUAAUCCAAAGGUUGAAUUGUGGGUGCUGGACAUUAGUAAUGUGAGUGAUAUACAGCGCAAUUUGGUCAGACCACCUCCUUCAUUAGAUGGACAGGAUUGCUACUUGACCUCCGUCAGUUGGGUCGGACAAGGUAACCAUCAAAUCUCCGCUGUUUACAUAACUAGGUCACAGAAUUACAGCAUUAUUUCAUCGUGCUUUGCACCGAAUUGGACUUGUGUCGAGACACAUUCUGAACGUGCACCCGAGGACGAAUGGCUAGAUAUUUUAGAGCAUCCAGUUUACUCACCGGACGGUGAUAGCUUUUUAAUUUUAGCGAGUAUCCAAGAAACCGGUACGGAGCAUUUUACCCAUAUCAAGCACGUGACGAUAACACAACAACGAAUAUCUGUUAUAUCACACGGACGAUACGAGCAAGUAGCUGUUAUAACGCAUGGCAGAAACCAGGUUCUGAGAAUUUUAGCUUGGGAUACUGUAAAUCACCUUGUCUAUUACUUGGGGACGCAAGAUAAGAGACCUGGACAACGACACCUGUAUGUAGUUAAAGACCCUGUAAACGACGAUGUAAGAAGUUCCGAGCCACAAUGUAUAACAUGUGAUCUAGGCGAAGUGUUAUGGAGUAGUCGUUACUAUUAUGUAAAUUGUACCCAUUUCGAUGCCUUUUUAACUCCAAUGUCUUCCAGAGCAACUGAUAUUGGUGUUGAAUUCUAUAUAUUAGAAUGUCAAGGUCCCGGUCUACCAUUGUCCGGGGUCCAUGCAACACAUAAUCAUCAAUUAGUACGAAUUUUAUAUGAUACCAGGCCUCAAUUGACGGAGCGACUGCAGCAAUUGGCGUUGCCUACAAGACGUUCCUUUGAAAUUCCUCUUCCGCAUGGCAGUCGAGCGCAAGUGCAGCUACUUCUGCCUCCAAGUUGGCGGGAAGAAUUGAGGGAUGCAGCGUAUCCUGUAUUGGUUGAAGUUAAUGGUCGUCCCGGGUCCGAAUCAGUUUCCGAUAAAUUCCAAAUCGACUGGGGAACAUACAUGUCGUCUCGUAACGAUGUUAUCUAUAUCCGUUUAGAUGUAAGGGGGGCUAAAGGCCAAAGUAAACAAGCGCUGUAUAGACGCCUAGGCGGAGUAGAAGUCCAGGAUCAAAUAGCCGUUUUGAAAUAUCUUCUGGAGACUUAUAGCUUCCUGGAUGAAACACGCGUUGGAAUAUGGGGUUGGGGCUAUGGAGGCUAUGUGACAGCUAUGGUGCUUGGGUCGCAGCAAAAUGUCUUUAAGUGUGGUAUUUCUGUAUCACCAAUUGCUGAUUGGUUAUUCUACAAUUCGGCUUUCACGGAACGGAUUCUUGGUUUGCCUGGUGAAAACUACAAAGGAUAUGUGGAAGCGGAUGCAACGCAACGAGCGCGGCAUAUACCAUCGUAUUCAUACUUCCUUUUGCAUGGUCUAGCUGAUUCGUCGGCUCCCUACAUCCACGGAAUCCAACUCGCCAGGUCACUCACCGAUUCUGGCAUUUUGUUUCGAUAUCAAACAUAUGCUGAUGAGGGUCAUGACCUGAAUGGUGUGCUAGAGCAUGUUUACCGUUCAAUGGAGAAUUUUCUUACGCCUUGUUUAAGUUUGGAUUCCGACGAAAUGAGCCACGAUGAAACAACACACAUACCAACCGACUAGCUGUGAAAUUUAGUUUAUAACAGUAUUCUAUAAUUGAUAGUUUGUUUUAUAAAACGUAAUAUUAGUUGACAUCUUAAAUGAAUAACAAACAUUUAACGGAACAUAGGGGAAAAAUAAGAAAUACGUCAUUAAGAGAAACAUGUUAACAAAAAGUGCUUUAAAUUAAAUAAUUCAAGAGAAAAAUAUUAACGUA